CAGAGCUACGACCCUCGCGCCAAGCUGAUGCGCCAGGUGACGUACCGCGUGCUGGAGAAGCUGGGGCGCAAGGACUCGCUGCUGGACAUCGCCAUGGAGCUGGAGAAGAUUGCGCUGCAGGACGAGUACUUUGUCAAGCGCUCGCUGUACCCCAACGUCGAUUUCUACUCGGGCAUCGUGCUGCGCGCGCUGGGCAUCCCCGUGGAGAUGUACACCGUGCUCUUCGCCAUGGCCCGCACAGUGGGAUGGGUGGCGCAGUGGAAGGAGAUGGUGGCUGACGCCACGGGGCGCAUCACCCGCCCCCGCCAGAUCUACACGGGCGAGCUGCGUCGCAAGUUUGUGCCCGUGUACGAGCGC